UGGAGGACUUGUGGCGCGGCGCCAUGGCGUGCUGCCGCUCCUGGCGGGCGGCCGUGCGCUCCCGGCUGGCGCUCUUCGCCGUGCUCGACCUCCGCCUGGCUUUCGAGGCGGUCGGCGCUGCACUUCUGCAGCUGGGACCCGGGGCCCCACCACGCACACCGUCUCUCCCGCGACCACGUGCCGGCCAGGUUCGCCGCCUGGGCGAUGGGUGGAAGGGUCCGUCAGAGGAGGGGGCGCGGAGGGAGAGGAAGGCGGAGAUGGCGCAUAGCACACUGCCGAGAAGCUGUAGAGCCAGGCCUCCCCCGACGUCGAGUUCGAGAACGAGAAGUUCGAGCUCCAGAAGGUGGCGAAGGAGGAGGCCAACGGUGAAGCAGAUGUUGGAUUUGGGGCAAAGGGUGCGCCGGAAGUGAUGUAUGGCCUCCGCUCGUCCUUCCAGGCCUCACCCGUUCACCUGUAAACAUAAAUCCAAUGUAUAAAUCCAAACGAGAUUCGUUCCAUGUAGGAAGGUUGCACAUCCUGCAUGUCACUUGCCACGCUGAACUUUGUCACCAACCCAACCUAACUCAUUUCAUCCUGAUUGUCUGGAAACAUUUAUGAGGACAGAAUCACAAUCACGCCUGUCACUUGCCACACUGCCAUAUUGCCAC